GGCGCUCCAGGUUCACUCUCGGUCUCUCACUCCGUGAGACACAGACGGCAGCUUUCUGAGCGCAGCCGGCACCAGCUGAAGCAGCGCCACCGCGAACUGCCCUCGCCAGGACAAGCCCUGGGCAGUGGGACAGGAGGCGAAGCCUGGCAGCCGCGUUGCUCUCUCCGCACGGUCGUUGCAGUGGACCCGGCAGCUCCGGGUUCCCGCCGACCCCCUUCGCAGCCACUUGGCGGGGUGUGCCAGGACUUGGGUCGCGCGCGCGCGGCGGCCCGGAGCGGGGGUGUGCAGCCAGGACUGGGUAGCAAGCCGAGGGCGCUGUGCUGGGAGGCGGCGGCCGGAGCCGCGGGUGCCUCCCCGCUUCGUCGCUUCGCUAGGCGGCACCGCCUCCCGGGCCGGGGCUGCUUGGCCGGGUUCUCUGCGUGUUCCCGGGCCCGGAGCCCGCGCACUAUGUGCCCGGCAGCCUUCUGAUAGCCGCCCGCCACCGCCUCCGCCGCGAUGAUUCCCCCCGAGCCUCCGCAGCCCCAGCUGCAACCGCCACCGCCGCCGGCCCCGCCGAACCAUGUGGUGACCACCAUCGAGAACCUGCCAGCUGAAGGCAGCGGCGGCGGGAGCCUGUCCGCCUCCUCCCGGGCUGGCAUGCGCCAGAGGAUCCGCAAAGUGCUGAACAGGGAGAUGUUAAUCUCUGUGGCUUUGGGCCAAGUGUUAUCCCUUCUUGUUUGUGGAAUCGGCUUGACCAGCAAGUACCUGGCAGAAGAUUUCCAUGCCAACACACCAGUCUUCCAGAGCUUUCUGAACUACAUCCUGCUCUUCUUGGUCUAUACCACCACCCUAGCUGUCAGACAAGGAGAAGAAAACCUCUUGGCAAUUUUACGACGAAGAUGGUGGAAGUACAUGAUCCUGGGACUUGUAGACUUGGAAGCUAAUUACCUGGUGGUCAAGGCUUACCAGUAUACAACUCUGACCAGUGUCCAGCUCCUGGACUGUUUUGUGAUCCCGGUGGUGAUUUUACUCUCCUGGUUCUUCCUGCUGAUCCGGUACAAGGCUGUGCAUUUCAUCGGCAUCGUGGUCUGCAUCCUGGGGAUGGGCUGCAUGGUGGGAGCUGAUGUGCUUGUGGGAAGGCACCAGGGAGCAGGGGACAAUAAGCUGGCAGGGGACCUCCUGGUCUUGGGAGGAGCCACACUGUACGGUAUCUCUAACGUCUGGGAAGAAUCCAUCAUCCGAACUCUGAGCCGAGUGGAGUUUCUAGGAAUGAUUGGUCUCUUUGGUGCAUUUUUCAGUGGAAUUCAAUUAGCCAUCAUGGAACACAAGGAGUUGCUGAAGGUGCCCUGGGAUUGGCAAAUAGGACUGCUCUAUGUCGGAUUUAGUGCCUGCAUGUUUGGCCUCUACAGCUUUAUGCCAGUCGUCAUAAAGAAAACGAGCGCCACCUCCGUCAACCUUUCUCUGCUCACAGCAGAUCUGUACAGUCUGUUCUGUGGACUCUUCCUCUUCCACUACAAGUUUUCAGGGCUUUACCUCCUGUCUUUCUUCACCAUCCUCAUCGGGCUGGUACUCUACUCCUCCACCUCCACCUACAUAGCCCAGGACCCCCGUGUGUACAAGCAGUUCCGUAAUCCUUCAGGACCUGUUGCGGACUUAGCCAGCAGCGCGGCUCAGGUGGAGCCUUCAGUCACCUAUACCAGCCUGGGCCAGGAGACAGAAGAAGAGCCCCAUGUACGUGUGGCCUAGGGUGAGGCCUGCCCUGCCCACGAGGACAACUCAGAGGCCGUGUGUUUGCUCAUCAUCUCUGUAUGUACAUAGAGAAAG